AUGAGCACAUAUUAUUCUAGGAAAGUCAGUAUAUUGACGAUUAUAGUGCUAUAUUUAUUAGUUGGGGUUCCUGCAUGGUACAAACUCACGAGUAUUUUUAGGGUUAAAUUGCCAGUGCAUUAUAUUCAAUCUUUGAAUGACAAUAAAUUUCAAGACGUUCAUAUGGUUCUUCCUAUUUUUAUCAAAUCUACAAUCUAUAAAUUCCCUGAUAUUGAUAAAGCCGUUCAGACACAGAUUAAUUAUUUGUUGGAUGAGCAGAAACAAGUUAUUCCAUGGUCUUUGCAAGUGUCACAAUAUGACGAUGAGUUGAUGGAAAGUGCUAAGAAGCACAAUUCAUCGUACCAUGUAGUCGAGUUGAUUUUGGAUGAUGCUGUCGGGUUGGUUUUAUCGGAGGAUGAAGAUAAAACCAUUAUAUUUUUUGACGACGAGUCAGUCAUAACUAAUGAUCUCCCAUAUUUCAUUGCUCAAACUGUUGUGGAACAUGCAUUCAAAUUAGAAAAUGAGAGUUUGGAUAAACUAGUACUGUUCUCUAGAGCUAUAUAUUCAAUACCUUAUAGCCCUAAAGUGCACUUGAAUAUGUUCCUCUUAAAUGGUGACGGUGAUCCAAUUAGUUGGGAAAUCGAUUCAGUAUUGAAAACGCAUUUUACACCGAUGAGAGAUUUUGUUUCUCCGAUAGUUAAUUUUACAGUUGACACAAGCAUUCUUUACUAUAAUGAUUUGGGUUUAUCAUCGUUGGCAAAUACAUCGAAUAGUACGUCGGAAAAUAUCAUUAGCAAGCUAGAUUCUUUAAGUAUAACAAAACUUAAUGAUGUCAGGGAUUAUCCUACGUUAAACUUUGCAAUAGUGUUUCCAAGUAAAGAAUCAUUCCCUGGUGGAGUAAGUUUCAUUAAUACUCAAACCUUAGAUACUUCUGAAAAAGUCUCUGAUGUGAAAAAAUUGCAUUCCCAUAAUAGAACAAGUUGGGAAAGUUUUUUGAUACCUAAAUGGGGUUCUGUUAUUGUUAAUAAAUACCCAAUAGAAAAAAAUGGUGUCUUGAAUGAGGAAUUCAUGGUUAGUGUGAUAAACGCAUUUUCAAAUAACCUUUUAAAGUUAUUGGGAUUUCCAACUGCAUUGAAAGCAACAGAUAAUGCUACAAUUAGUACUUUCUACAAUUCAUUGAACUCAUAUAAAAGAAUAGUAACACUAUCCAACAUGGAUAAAGCUGUCACCACGUUGCAUACGUUAUCUACUAUGUUAGAGCGUUUCCAAAAUAUGCCAGUACCACAAGAAGUCCAAGAUGAUGUAAUUAGAUCUUUGGAACUUCGGUUAGAGAUCGUUGACAUUUUGAAUAAUCCUGAAAUAGGUGAUAGUUUAACUUGGAAUAAAGUCUUAGUUAUGAGUAAUGAAUUGGUUGAUCUUACUGAGAAGGCUUUUUUCAAUCAAGAAAUGAUUCAACAGAAUCAUGUUCCUCGAGAACAUAAACUUGCCGUAUAUUUGCCAUUAUUAGGUCCAUUGACCGUAAUGAUCAUAUUUUCUUUAAUGAAUAACAUAAAUGAAGAAACUUCAGGAGAAGCAAACAAGCAAGACGUGGGCGAUGAAGUUUCAAUUACAGACAAUUCGGAGAUUGAAUUAAUCCCUGAGGACAAAGAGGAUAGUUCUUCUACAAGCAUUAAUGAAGAUCACUAA